UCCCUUAAAUCGAUAAAAAUUUAAACACCGGCUGUAGAGCGAACAGUGUUGGUUAACGCCCGAGAGUCCUGGCUGGCUGACUGGCUAGAGACGAUACUUUGUUGGCAAGAGACGUCCUGGCGGCCGCUGGGAAAACUUUCGACGCGAAGAAAAUUCAGUCAUCAGCGCGUGUCCAUCGAGUCGACAGUGAAAAUGUGCCAGCGGCGGUUCUACUUCAGCAAGUACACCAAUUUCCAUAAGAACCACAUCAAGUUGUUUGCUGUUUAUAUGAAAACGGCAAAUCUGAUGCAAAACUUUAACGUCCUUAAGCGAUCGCUAUAAGCGCUGCUGUGGCUGGCCUCUUCCCCCUCAUCCUUAAUAUCCUCCCGCCCCUCCCCCCCAGCAAUCGCAAAUAAAAAGAAAAAAAUUCCGGGCUGUGUGUGUUAGUGUAUUUUUACAUAGUGCUAUUAAAAAAAAUUGAAAAGCAAAUCCUUUAACGCUUAAUUCAAGAAAAUAAAAAAUAGAAUUUGAGAGACAAAACGUAAAGCUUGCCAUUAUGCGACUGAAAUUGGUGAAAAAUUUGAAAUAUAUUAGCGGC